AUGCGACCUGAGCACCUCGGCACUCUCGGCCGCCAGAACAUGAUUCGCCCCUCGGCUGAAGGCAUCCAGCCAAGAACAUCUAGCUGCGAGUUAUCGAUCCACCAAGAGGAUUCCCGGGAGAGGUUGCCUGUCGCGCUCUUGGCCUCCACUGCCACGGCUUUGGAAUGGCUCCCCAUCGUGCCCCUUCACGCACGUCAGGUCACCAGCGGAGCCAAGUACGAGUGCCACGAGAACUGCGGCUACGCCAUCCUUGGAGCAGCUGAGGACGGCUACUGCACCAACUCCACUUGGACGGACUACUUCGAGGGAUGCCUUCAGUGUGCGAAUACCUUUGACAUCUGGCAAUACUACGGAGACGGUGUCACAGAAGCCGCGGACGGAUGUAACCUUGACGCGACGCCUGUCACUGCUUCCAACAGCACGACCAACACGACUACCACGGCAGGGACAUCCGGCACCGCUGGUGCAUCUUCCACAGCAUCUGCCACCGGCUCGAGCUCGUCUGCUACUUCGAGCACCGAUGCCAGCGCUGCCAACAGCAAUCAGCCUGCCACUAUCGCAUUUGCGUUGGCUGCUGUUAUGGCAGCAACUCAACUCCUGUGA